UACAAGAUCUUUGACCUUGCUACUCAAAAGGAGGUUAGCAGCGGUGACCUGACAGACGUGGAGAACCAUGGAGAUGUGAUUACUGGUAAUGCCGUUCUAGAUGCCAAGGACUACAAGUUAUGGUGGCCAAGCGGACUGGGAACGCAGAACCUUUACAAUAUUACUGUUGAUGUAGUAUCCGAGUCGGGUAAGAAUCUUGCCUCAGUAGUGAAGCGUUCUGGAUUCAGAACGAUCGUUAUGAACAUGGGCGAAGUCACGGACGAGGAGAUAGCCCAAGGAGUAGCUCCAGGUACCCACUGGCAUUUCGAGGUCAACGGCCAAACAUUCUACGCUAAGGGUAGCAACUUCAUCCCUCCAGAUACAUUCUGGCCGCGGGUAACUCCAGAGAAGAUCCGGACAAUGUUCAACUCGGUGAUCGCUGCAAACAUGAACAUGCUUCGCGUCUGGGGAGGCGGCUCAUAUCUACCCGAUUUCAUAUAUGACAUCGCAGACGAGAUGGGCAUCUUCCUCUGGUCUGAGUUCCAGUUCGGUGAUGCUCUUUACCCUACCGAUCCGGAUUUCCUCGAGAAUUCUCGUCAGGAGGUCGUGUACAAUGUCCGCCGUGUUAAUCACCACCCUUCGUUAGCUCUCUGGGCCGGUAAUAACGAAAUUUUGCUCUGGAUGAUUUCAAUACUUCCAAUUAUUGCACCAGAUGAACUCGACCACUAUAGGCACGAUUUCGAGAUACUAUUCCUAGACACAUUCGUCCCUGCUGUCUUCGGAAACACCCGGAGUAUUAGCUAUAUGUCGAGUAGCGCGAACACUGGAUACUUGUCUCUCAACCACAGCGACCCGAAGCCGAUUGUCGAGCGAUACCUGAACGCCACGCCCGGACACAUCUACGGUGAUACCGAUUAUUAUAACUACGAUAUCUGGCAGGGAUUUAACGUAUCAGCUUAUCCGGUUGGUCGAUUCGCAACUGAGUUCGGGUUUACCAGUAUGCCUAGUAUCAACUCGUGGAAGAAUGCUGUGGAUGAAGAAGACCUAUGGUACAACAGCUCAACCAUCGUGCUCCGGAACCACCACCAGCCUCCCCGUGGGCUUAACACCAGUGACUUCGAGAUGGCGACCGAAGGUAUGAUUCAAAUGACCAAUGGUGUAGAGACAUAUUAUCCCGCGCCGAUGAAGACGGAUCCCAUUGCCAAUUUCUCUGCCUGGUGUCACUCGACACAGAUCUACCAAGCCGACUUCUACAAAAGCCAGAUCGAAUUCUACCGUAUCGGUUCCGGAAGGCCCGAGCGCCAGCUUGGAAGUUUGUACUGGCAGCUCCAGGAUGUCUGGCAGGCACCGACAUGGUCAAGCAUUGAGUACGAGGGCCGAUGGAAGAUCCUACACAAUACUGCCAAGGACAUCUAUCAAUCUGUCAUCGUGGCGAAUCUCUGGAACGUAACUACCGGCAUCCUUGAAGUUUACGCAGUGAGCGACCUCUGGGAAGAGACGAAGGGCAAGGCAAGUCUUAGCUGGGUUGGUUGGGAUGGCAGCGUUCUCGAUGUUGAUACGGCUGAUAUCCAGGCGGGAGACGUGGACUUCACUAUCGGACCGCUCAACACCACGUUGCUCGCACGAGUGGACAUAAACAAGUUGAAAUCAGACUCGUCGUUCGAUGCUAGCAAGGCCGUCUUGGUGGCCAACUUAACGGCUACCGGGACCCCGCCGAACGGCGAGGCAACGAAGACUUUCACGCACACCAACUACUAUACACCCACACCGUUGGCUUCAGCUGCCCUAGUUGACCCCGGUCUAAGCGUCGAGCACGACAGCAGCGCCAACGAAUUCGUUGUCCGAGCCGACAAGGGAACUAGCAUCUGGACUUGGGUCAGCGUGGGAGACAAGGAUGCCGACGACGUCAUCGUCGGUUUCAACCACAACGGAUUCCUGCUGAGGAAGGGCGAGGAGAAGCGCAUCGGAUACACCGUCAUUAGCGAUAACGGGCAGAAGGCCGGGUGGGAGAGCAGAGUUAGUGUUGGUAGUGUUUGGGACAAUACCUUGCCGUGAGGGGUAGAGGGAAAUAGGGGGAGGAAGUAGA